AAAGAAAGCAGAGAUUUUUAGAGCUUCAAUUGAAGAAGCUGAAGCUACAUGUCUCUUUUAUAAUUAUCAAUAUUUUUUUCCCUUUUUCUGUCUCUCUUCUAAUAAUCCAAAACUUCCCUUCUUUCCUUCAAAUUCUCGUGUAUCUCGACUGGGUUCUUUUAGUUUUUGACUCUUUUAUGGAAAGUUGAAGUCUUUCAAACAUGUGAAUUUAGUAGUGUCUCUCUUUUGUUUAGUUGCUGGGUUUGGACAUCAAAGUUUUUGUUUGCAGCCAUGUUGAAUCUCGGUUACUGUAAAGGAUCAAUGUCAACGGCUAGUUCUGGUGGUGUUUCAGAUCAGUUCCCGGCAGGGUUACGUGUGUUGGUUGUUGAUGAUGAUCCAACAUGUCUUUUGAUCUUGGAGAAGAUGCUUAGGACCUGCCUUUAUGAAGUCACAAAGUGUAACCGAGCAGAGAUUGCGUUGUCUUUACUUCGAGAGAACAGAAACGGGUACGAUAUUGUUAUAAGUGAUGUCCACAUGCCAGAUAUGGAUGGAUUUAAACUUCUCGAGCUUAUUGGGCUAGAGAUGGAUCUGCCUGUUAUCAUGAUGUCAGCUGAUGAUGGGAAAAAUGUGGUCAUGAAAGGUGUAACUCAUGGUGCUUGUGAUUACCUGAUUAAACCGAUUCGCAUUGAGGCACUUAAGAACAUAUGGCAGCACGUGGUUCGGAAGAGAAAGAACGAGUGGAAGGAUUUGGAGCAAUCAGGGAGUGUAGAAGAGGGAGGAGAUAGGCAGCAGAAACAAUCUGAAGAUGCAGAUUACUCAUCCUCUGCAAACGAAGGAAGUUGGAAAAACUCAAAGAGGAGAAAAGAUGAGGAAGAAGAAGCAGACGAGAGGGAUGAUACAUCCACAUUAAAGAAACCACGUGUGGUUUGGUCAGUUGAACUUCACCAACAGUUUGUUGCAGCAGUUAAUCAACUAGGAAUUGACAAGGCAGUUCCCAAGAAAAUUCUGGAGUUGAUGAAUGUUCCUGGGCUCACCAGAGAAAAUGUUGCCAGCCACCUCCAGAAAUAUCGCUUGUAUCUUAGAAGGUUAAGUGGGGUUUCACAGAACCAGAGCGGUAUGGGCAACUCUUUUAUCAGCCCACAAGAAGCAACAUAUGGUCCAUUGUCCUCGCUUAAUGGGCUUGACCUUCAAACUCUUGCUGCUGCUGGUCAAAUCCCUGCACAAAGUCUCGCCACACUGCAAGCAGCCGGACUUGGUCGAUCAACAGCAAAGCCUAGAAUGCCCAUGCCAAUUGUUGAUCAGAGGAACCUUUUCAGCUUUGAAAACCCAAAAUUAAGAUUUGGGGAGGGGCAACAGCAACAUGUGAACAAUGGUAAGCAAAUAAACUUACUUCAUGGAAUCCCAACCACAAUGGAGCCGAAGCAGCUAGCCCAUUCAGCUCAGUCCCUUGGGAGCAUGAAUAUGCAACUCAAUGCCCAUGGAGACCAGAGUGGUCAGAGUGGUUCUUUGCUGAUGCAGAUGUCUCAACAGCAGUCUAGGGGCCAGAUACUAAAUGAAACUACCAGCAGCCAAGUUCCCAGACUCCCAUCGUCCAUAGGGCAGCCUAUUGUAACUAAUGCAAUUGCCAGUGGGGUCUUGGCAAGAAAUGGAUUAGCUGAAAAUGGCAGAGGAACAGGAUUCAAUCCAGUUUCACAAUCAUCUCCAACGUUGAAUUUCCCCUUGAACACCACAGCUGAAUUGACAGCCACUAGUUUUGCUCUUGGAAGUGCUCCUGGGGUGCCUAGUCUCACAUCCAAGGGGACAUUUCCCGAAGAUAUUAGCUCAGAAAUGAAAGGACCUGGAGGAUUCAUCAUGCCAAGUUAUGAUAUUUUUAGUGACUUGCAACACCAUAGAUCCCAUGAUUGGGAGUUGCAGAAUGUAGGCAUGGCCUUCAAUGGUUCUCAGCAAUCCAACUCUCUGCAAAGCAAUGUCGAUGUGGCAUCAUCAGUUUUAGCUCAUCAGGGCUUCUCUUCUAGCCAAAGUAAUGGACAGGGCAGGAAUGUAUCUGCUGUCAGCAAGCCAAUAUUUUCAGCAGGAGAUGCAACGGGCCAUGUGAAUGCACAAAGUCUCGGACAACCUCUCAACACCUUUUUUGCCGAGAAUUUAGUGAGAGUUAAGACUGAAAGAGUCCCUGAUGCAAACCUUCAAACUACCCUCUUUAAUGAACAGUUUGGUCAGGAAGAUCUCAUGAGUGCGCUUCUCAAACAACAGCAGCAGCAGCAGCAGGCAGGCAUUGGACCAGCUGAAAUUGAAUUCGACUUCGAUGGGUAUUCCCUGGAUAAUAUUCCUGUGUAGGACAUACCCCGUGCUCGGUUCUCUUAGCUAUUGCAGUUUCUAAUGUACAUAUCUGCUGCUACAGAUGAAUUUGAUUUCUCUCUGUGCAACUUGAGGGUGGCAAUUCAAGUCAGUGUUUUGUUAGAAAAAAAAAAAACAGAAAGGAUUGUUUGGUUUCUCUUAGCCACAUUUCUCUUGUGAUUAUCAUGUUCUUGCUGUUUCAGUUUGGAACAUUAAAAAAAUUCAGGCAAAUGGAAGUCGAGGUGGAUAAAUUCCAAAUGGAAGAAAAUUGGGAAGCUCAUAAGAUACAAUUGCAUGGCAUGCAAAGGCUUACCUGCCAAGUUUUGUCUGCAUUUCAUUGGAAAAGCCAGCAAGAAGCAACUCAUUAUAGGGUGCUCGUGCGAAGUUUUCGGUGGCUUGGGUUGUGGAAAGUUGGAAUCAACUUCUUAGACAUCUGCAGAAUUCUAGGAACCUUUCUAACUCUAAUAAUAGAUCAAGUUUGAUUUUGUUUUCAACUCCUUGUUUUUUUAUUUAUAUUUAUUAAUUAAGGGAUUGACCUUGAUGUACAUAUUCUAUUUGAUUGCUCUAGACACAAGUCUGAGUAUGUCUUUCCCUGGAUUUUUCUAGUAAUUUUAGGAGGUCCUCGUUUUCAUC